AUGGACGAUGAUGACGCGGAACUGCGAAACCCAUUUCCUUCUCCUCCCUCCCAUUAUACAAAAUAUGCCCCACACAACCUCAAGCUCUUGGCCCUGCUCCGCGAACGCGUCCCAGACCCAUCUGAUCCCACCGUGAAUCAGUAUGAGGUGUUGAGUGACCAAACCGAUGUCCCCGACUGGCCGCUCAGCCAACUGGAGAAACCACGCGUCGAUUGGAUCUUGGAGGAGCCCGACGCUUACUACGACGUUUUUGGAGACCGGUGGUUUGUGAAAGAAAAGAUCCCAUCAUUGGCAGAGCUCGGCGGAAAUCAACUUUAUCCAGCUGACCCGAGUGUCGAUAGGCGUCCAGCCUUACUCUCCGUCCUACGCUCCCUCUUGGUUACCUACUCCGCCUUGACCUCCUCCCUCCUCGAUCCUCCACCAGCUUUAUCACAGGCGGAGCCACCAGGUUGGCAACGGCAGGUCGAAUGGAUCAACGUACUUGGUCAAAAUCUUAUGGCUGCCGCAAAUGACUUGCGUCCUGUCCAGGCCAGAGGUAAUUUGGAGCUGAUGAUGAAGCGACAGUUGGAGCUUCGCCGAGAAGAAACGAAAACGAUGCAUUCCAAAUGCGACUCUAUGCAAGCUAAACUUAAUGAGCUUCGCUCAUCACUUUCGCUGGAGCAGCAGGAUACGAUGACCUCAGUAGUAUGUCUUGAUGGGUUCUAA